ACACACACACACACAUACGUCAUACAUCGUCAUCACAUAUUAUCAGAACUGCUCUUAAUCAAGAGAAAAACGUCACACACAGUGCAAAGCAGUGCAAAGACCUGAGUCAUACAAUCGAUUUAUCCUAUUUAUAUUUCGUCAUUUAUUAAAAAUUAAUUCCAAAGUUUUAUAUAUACAUAUUACAAAGUGUUUCCAAGUAAUUGAAUAACUUUUUAAUUCUUGAAAAAUAAUGGUUAUGAUCGAUAUGAGGGACAUUCAAUUAGACGAAGAUGAAAGUGAAGAUCAAUAUGAAAAACUAUUACGACGUGCAAAAACUGAAGAUUUAACUGAAAUAUCAGGAAUUGGAUGUUUAUAUCAAUGUGGUGUUGAUAGACUUGGUAGACCAGUCAUUGUAUUUAUUGGUAAAUGGUUUCCUGCAACAAAAAUAAAUCUUGAAAAAGCAUUAUUAUAUGUUAUACAUUUGAUGGAUCCAAUUGUCAAUGGUGAUUAUGUUAUUGUUUAUUUUCAUACUUUAACAUCAAAUAAUAAUUAUCCAAGUUUUACUUGGCUUCGUGAAGUUUACAAUAUACUACCUUACAAAUAUAAAAAACAUCUUAAACAUUUUUACGUUGUUCAUCCAACAUUUUGGACAAAAAUGAUGACUUGGUGGUUUACAACAUUCAUGGCACCAGCAAUUAAAGAAAAAGUUCAUAAUUUUCCAGGUAUAGAAUAUCUUUAUCCAGAUAUACCACCACAACAACUUGAAAUACCAGCUUAUAUUACAGAAUAUGAUAUGACAAUUAAUGGUAUUAGAUAUUUUGAACCAGAUCAAUCACAAAAUUUAUUAUCAUAAAAAACAACUUUUAAUUUUGCAUUUGCACAUAAUGCCUUAAUGAAAAAUAUUCCAACUAAAUUCACAAUUAAUUUAAUAUCAAAAAUAAAAAUUUCUUCCUUUUCUGAUAAAAACAAUUUAACAAUUGGUACUUUUUUUUUUUUUUUACAAAAUAACUUCCAAUUCAUUUUUUUAAACGGCAUUACAAUUUAUAAAUUUUAAGAUUUAUUUUUUUUGCUCAUUAUUUGGCAUAAUAUAUAUUUCAUUCUUGUGUAUGAAGAAUUUACUUGAUGCAAAGAGGUUCAUAUCUCGGGAAUUUUAAUUUUAAAAGAUAAAAAAAGUUAAUUUAAAUAAAAUUAGAUUCACUUAGUUGGAAAAUAAACAAAAAACAAAAACAUUCGUGUAUUACAUAAGGCAAUUUAAAGCUGGUUUUGACCUCGUUUGUCCUUAUGAAAGAUUUAGUAAAACUUAAGAGUAAAAAAUAGUUGUCUCUCACUUAAAAAUACAAUAUAUAAUUUAAAAAAAUAAAUCUCAUAAUA